CCUGUGACCAUAUCAACAUGGCGGGACGUGUAUUUGCAACAUUGGCCACAUUGGCCACAUUGGCAGCCUGUGCGCCUGUUGUAGAAGAAAGACAGGCUUGUAACAGCCUUUACGGACAAUGCGGAGGCCAAGGAUGGUCCGGAGCAACAUGCUGCGCUUCUGGUAGCACAUGUGUCUACUCAAACCCCUAUUACUCGCAGUGUCUUCCUGGUACCGGAAGCUCAAGUUCAUCUACACAUGCUUCGUCCACCACCCCCUCGACAACCACGACGAUUAGGUCAAGCACUACAACUCCUCCACCUAGUUCUUCUACGUCAACACCUCCAGUUGGAUCAGGAACCGCUACUUACCAGGGUAAUCCAUUUUCUGGAAUAAAUCUUUGGGCCAAUAACUUUUAUGCCGCAGAAGUAAGCAGUUCUGCAAUUCCUAGCUUGACUGGGGCCAUGGCCACUGCUGCAGCGGCCGCUGCAAAGGUCCCUUCGUUCAUGUGGCUGGAUACUCUUAGCAAAACCCCUCAGAUGAGCGCGACAUUGGCAGAUAUUCGUACUGCAAACAAGAACGGAGGCAACUACGCUGGUCAAUUUGUUGUGUAUGACUUGCCCGAUCGUGACUGCGCUGCUGCAGCGUCCAACGGAGAAUACUCCAUCGCGGAUAACGGAGUGGCAAACUACAAGAAUUAUAUUGAUACCAUUGUCGGCAUUGUGAAGACAUACUCUGAUAUUCGGAUUCUUUUAGUUAUUGAGCCUGACUCACUCGCCAAUCUUGUUACUAAUCUCAGUGUUGCAAAGUGUGCAAACGCUCAGGCUGCCUACUUGGAAUGCAUAAACUAUGCAAUUACGCAGCUGAAUCUUCCGAACGUUGCCAUGUACUUGGAUGCCGGCCACGCAGGAUGGCUUGGCUGGCCCGCUAACCAGCAACCCGCAGCUCAACUGUUCGCCAGCGUAUAUAAGAAUGCAUCAUCACCCCGCGCUGUUCGUGGAUUAGCAACUAACGUCGCCAACUACAAUGGGUGGAAUAUUACUACUGCGCCUUCGUACACUCAAGGAAACUCCGUUUACAACGAGCAAUUGUAUAUUCACGCUCUUUCACCUCUUCUCACUCAGCAAGGCUGGAGCAAUGCUUUCUUCAUUACCGACCAGGGCCGUUCUGGCAAGCAACCGACUGGACAGCAGCAGUGGGGCGAUUGGUGCAAUGUGAUCGGUACUGGAUUUGGAAUUCGUCCUUCAGCAAACACCGGAGAUUCGUUGCUUGAUGCGUUCACCUGGAUCAAGCCAGGUGGUGAAUGUGACGGAACUAGCAAUACCUCUGCGACACGAUACGAUUACCACUGCGGCUUAUCAGAUGCUUUGCAGCCGGCUCCUGAGGCAGGUUCUUGGUUCCAGGCAUACUUUGUGCAGCUUCUUACCAAUGCCAACCCAUCAUUCUUGUAAAUCAAGAUUAGCUCAGAUGCUAUUUUCCUUAGCUACUCAUUUUCUUCAUGAGUAUUAGAUGCCAUACUUACUACCGUGAGUGGCAAUUAUUCUUCGAUAAAUAUAUAUAUAUAUAUUCAACUUUUAUGUAUUAUGUGGAACAUGUGUGAAAAGAAUAUCUCUACGGAACUGAUUAAUGGAUAUUGUACUUUAUUUAUAAGAAGUCUCGAUACAUAUAGCAUAUUCGAAGAUGAU